AUGAAGGCCAUCGCUGCCGUUCUUGCCGCCGGCUCUUUGGCCCUCCUCCGAGGUGUCGCUGCCGCGCCGAGCGAGCCUCCUUCGCCGGUUGUCGAGAAACGGGCGGCGCCGACCGUCUCUAUUGGUACUGGCAACGUCGUCGGGGUCACGCGCAUAGGCACCGAGGCCUUCAACGGCAUUCCUUAUGCUCUGCCUCCCGUCGGCCCGCUCCGGCUCAAGCCCCCCGUCCGUCUCACCGCCUCCUUCGGCACGUUCGACGCAACGGGCAUUGCACCGGCUUGCCCGCAGUUCCUGUCGUCAACCGACUCGAGUGAGCUCCUCGUCCAGGUCCUAGGCGCCCUCACCAAUUCGCCCUUGCUGCAGGUCGCCUUGAACCAGAAGGAGGACUGCCUUGGUAUCAAUGUCAUCCGCCCUGUCGGCACCAAGGCGGGCGACAAGCUCCCAGUCUUGUUCUGGAUCUUUGGCGGCGGCUUCGAGCUCGGAUGGACUUCCAUGUACGACGGUGGUCCCCUGCUGAGCAACGCCAUAGCCUCGGGCAAGCCCUACGUCUUCGUGGCUGUCAAUUACCGCGUCGGCGGGUUUGGCUUCAUGGCUGGCAAGGAGAUCCUGAAAGACGGUUCCUCUAAUCUCGGCCUGCUUGACCAGCGCAUGGGCCUGGAGUGGGUCGCAGACAACAUUGCCGCGUUUGGUGGCGACCCGGACAAGGUCACGAUUUGGGGAGAGAGUGCGGGUGCCAUCUCCGUGUUCGACCAGAUGGCCCUGUACGACGGCGACAACACGUACAAGGGCAAGCCACUCUUCCGCGGUGCCAUCAUGAACUCGGGCAGCAUCGUUCCCGCCGAUGCCGUCGACGGUCCCAAAGGCCAGAAGAUCUACGACGCCGUCGUAGCCAAGUCUGGGUGCUCGGGGGCAGCCGACACCCUUGCCUGCCUCCGCGCCCUGCCCUACGCUACGUUCCUCGACGCUGCCAACUCGGUCCCUGGCAUUCUAUCGUACAACUCGGUCUCGCUGUCGUAUCUGCCCCGGCCCGACGGCAAGGUCCUGACCCAGAGCCCAGAGGUUCUGGCCAAGAACGGCCAGUACGCUUCCGUGCCCUUGAUCGUCGGAGACCAAGAGGACGAGGGAACGCUAUUUUCUCUCUUCCAGUCCAACGUCACCAGCACGUCCAAGCUCGUGACGUAUCUCCAGACCAUCUUCUUCCAAAGCGCCACCCCUACCCAGAUCAGUGGCCUGGUCGACACAUACGACGUCAUCCUCACAUCUGGCUCGCCUUUUCGCACGGGAAUCUUGAACGAGGUGUACCCGGGCUUCAAGCGGCUCGCGGCCAUCCUGGGCGACCUUGUCUUUACCCUGUCGCGGCGCCUCUUCCUCGAGAAUGCCCGGGCGGUCAAGCCCACGGUUCCCACAUGGUCGUACCUGUCGAGCUACGACUUUGGGACGCCGGUGCUCGGCACCUUCCACGGCAGCGACCUGCUGCAGGUGUUCUACGGCAUCCUUCCCAACUACGCGAGCAAGAGCAUCCAGAACUAUUACUCCAACUUUGUCUACAACCUCGACCCCAACGACGCGUCGGGCGGCACCAGCGCCAAGUCAAAGGUUGCCCUGUCGUGGCCGCAGUGGACCAACUCGGGGCGCCAACUUAUGCAGUUCUUCAACAACGGCGGCGGUCUUCUCAAGGACGACUUCCGCACCGAGCAGUAUAACUGGAUCAAGGCAAACGUCGGGAUUUUGAGAAUUUAG